UGCAGCAGGCAGGCAGUCGAGGCUUAAACCUGAGCCCUUCACACACCUCCACACACACACACACACGCACACAUACACAAAGAGGAGAGGGAGAGCAGCCUGUCCUCCCACCACUCAGCCAUGAGUAGCAUCGGAUAUGACCCCUACUACUCCUCCUCGUCAUACAGACGCUGGUAUGUCGAGGCCCCCCCUCGUGUCGUGGUGACCAGAGGGAGGACCCACUCUGUCUACUCUUCCCACGCUGCCCCGCUGUCCUCCUCCCGUCUGCAGUACUCCUCUCCCGGCCGGGUGCUGCUCUCCUCCUCCUCACCAGCCUCUUCCCUGGAGCUGGAGCUCAGCCAGGCCGCUCAGAUCAGCUCUGAGUUCCGUGCUGUACGCACCCAAGAGCGCAGCCAGCUGCAGGACCUCAACGACCGCUUUGCUGGCUUCAUUGAGAGGGUGCGUGAGCUGGAGCAGCAGAACCGUGCGUUGGAGGCAGAGCUACUGCUGCUGAGGCAGAGGCACGCUGAGCCGUCCCGCCUGAGGGCACUUUACGAGCAAGAGGCCCGCUCCCUGAGAGCUGCUGUGGAUGAGGCCAGGGCAGAACAACAGGCCGUCCUGGGACAGAGAGAGCGACUGGAACAAACCCUGAGUGCCCUGCAGAGUCGAUAUGAGGAGGAAGUGCUGGCUCGUGAAGAGGCUGAGGGCAGGCUGAUGGAUGCCCGUCGUGAGGCUGACCAGGCUGCCUUAGCUAAGGCCGAGCUGGAGAAGAGCGUCGAAACCCUGCUGGAGGAGCUGGCCUUCCUCAAGAGGAUCCACGAAGGCGAGGUGGUUGAGCUUCAGGCCCAGGUUCAGCUGGGCGUCCAAGUGGCGGUAGAGUCUGAGGCCGCAACCCCCGACCUCUCCGGGGCUCUCAGGGACAUCCGGUCCCAGUAUGAAAGGCUGGCAGCGAGAAACAUGCAAGCAGCAGAGGAGUGGUUCAGAGGGAAGGUAGGCUCCAUGACUGAAACCGUGGCCCAGCACAGCGACGCCGUGAGAAGCUCCAAGGAUGAAGCGGGAGAGUACCGACGCCAGCUCCAGUCCCGCCUGCUUGAGAUCGAUGCGUGCAGGGCCCUCAACGACUCCCUGGAGAAGCAGCUGCACGAGAUCGAGGACAAGCAGAGAGCUGAGAUAGAUGCUAUGCAUGACACCAUUGCAGAGCUGGAGAGUGAGCUGAGGGGCACCAAACAGGAAAUGGCACGCUACCUGAAAGAGUACCAGGACCUACUGAAUGUCAAGAUGGCUCUGGACAUCGAGAUCGCUGCAUACAGGAAGCUGCUGGAAGGGGAGGAGUCUCGCUUCAGCGUGGGAGUGUCCGGGGGUGUGUCCUCUCUGUACAGCCAAAGUUUCUCAGCGCCCUCCUUCGCCCGGCCCAUCCUCUCCAGCCUGAGCUCUGGCACCUCCUACCUGAUGACAUCACGUCUGCUCAGCUCUGUCAGCACCACCGAGGGGAUCAUCUCCGCCAGCCAGGCCCAGCAAGCAGAGGCCAGCCCACCAGCUGAAGAGGAAGAGGCAGAGGCAGAGGCAGAGGCAGAGGCAGAGGCAGAGGAGGAGGUAAAGGAGGAAGCAGAGGAGGAGGAGAAGGAAGAAGAGGAGGGAGGAGAGGCGGCAGAGGAGACAAAGGAGGAAGAGGAGGAGGAGAAGGAGGAAGAAGAGGGAGGAGAGGAGGAGGGAGAUAAAGAGAAAGAAGAUGAAGAGGAGGCUAAGGAAGGAGAGGAGGAGGCCAAAGAGGGUGAAGAGGGUGGUGAUGAAGAGCAGCAAACAGAAGAGGUGACAGAAGAGGCCGCCAAAGAGGAGGGAGAGAAAGAGGAAAAAGGAGAAGAAGAGGAGGCUGAGACCAAAGAGGAAGCACAAGAGGAGGUAAAACCAGAAGGAGGCGAUGACAAAGAGGAAGAAGCAAAAGAAGAGGAAAAAGAGGAGAAGGAAGAAGCAAAAAAGAGUGAAGAGAAAGAAGAUAAAGCCGAUGCCAAGAAAGAUGACAAAGCCGACGACAAAGCCGACGACAAAGAGGACAAAGCUGCUCCGAAGACAGACGACAAAGCCGAUGCCAAAAAGGAGAAAGAGGAGGUCAAAGCAGCCAAAGCCGAGGCUGCCGAAGAAAAGAGCACAAAGGGUAAAAAGUAGGCCAGAAGCAAACUUCAGUGAAGACUGUCCAUUAGCUCGAUAACCUGUAGAGGCAUCUACGCUCUCCUCGCAAAUCUGCUUGUUAACAUGGUGCUCAAUAAAUCAGUCCAAUAGCCAUUUACAGCAACAAAUCAAGGUUAACUGCUUGCCAAUAUCCAGAGUAGUCCAUAAAGAUCUAGUUGCACACUUACUGAAUGAAUGUAAUAUGUGUAAUUGCUGAAAGCAGACGCGAGUGUGUGAGUUUUUGGUGGUAAAUAAACACCUCUUAAAGCCA